GUCACUUUCCCUGCAACGUGUUCCCGGGGCUGAAGUGUUCCGGUUCACGCCAUUGUGCCUGCCCUCCUUUUAUCCCUAGCUUUUUCUAUGUGCUGCACUGCUCAGGUCCCUUCUGUCUUCCUCUGAACCCUGAACCAAUCCCGAACUCUGAACUCUGAAGGCUGCAGAGACAGGCAGAGAGAUAUGAGGGAGAUAAUAAGCAUCCACAUAGGGCAGGCGGGCAUCCAGGUGGGGAAUUCUUGCUGGGAACUAUACUGCCUCGAGCAUGGCAUCCAGCCGGACGGCCUCAUGCCCAGCGACACAACUCCUGGAAUUGCAAGGGAUGCAUUCAACACGUUCUUCAGCGAGACGAGUUCAGGCAAGCACGUCCCAAGGGCGUUGUUCGUCGACCUGGAGCCCACGGUGAUUGAUGAGGUGAAGACCGGGCCAUACCGCCAGCUCUUCCACCCAGAGCAGCUCAUCUCCUACAAGGAAGACGCUGCUAACAACUUUGCUCGUGGGCACUACACAGUUGGAAGAGAGGUGGUAGAUCUUUGCCUUGAUCGACUAAGAAAACUGGCAGAUAACUGCACUGGUCUCCAAGGUUUUCUGGUUUUCAAUGCUGUUGGUGGAGGAACCGGCUCUGGACUUGGUUCAUUACUUUUGGAGCGCCUAUCAGUAGAUUACGGUAGGAAGUCGAAGCUCGGGUUCACAAUAUAUCCUUCACCACAGAUCUCAACGGCCGUGGUGGAGCCUUACAACAGCGUGCUCUCGACCCACUCCCUGAUCGAGCACACCGACGUCGUCGUCCUCCUGGACAACGAGGCCAUCUACGACAUCUGCAAGAGGUCGCUGGACAUCGAGCGGCCGACGUACACCAACCUGAACAGGCUCAUCUCCCAGGUGAUCUCGUCGCUGACCACGUCGCUGCGGUUCGACGGCGCCAUCAACGUCGACAUCACCGAGUUCCAGACCAACCUGGUGCCGUACCCGAGGAUCCACUUCAUGCUGUCCUCCUACGCCCCCAUCAUCUCCGUCGAGAAGGCGUUCCACGAGCAGCACUCCGUCCCGGAGAUCACCAACUCCGUCUUCGAGCCCGCCAGCGUCAUGGCCAAGUGCGACCCCAGGCACGGCAAGUACAUGGCCUGCUGCCUGAUGUACCGCGGCGACGUCGUCCCCAAGGACGUCAACGCCGCCGUCCACUCCAUCAAGACCAGGAGGACUGUGCAGUUCGUCGACUGGUGUCCGACAGGGUUCAAGUGCGGGAUAAACUACCAGCCGCCGACGGCGGUGCCGGGAGGGGACCUGGCGAAGGUGAGGAGGGCGGUGUGCAUGAUCAGCAACAACACGGCGGUGGCGGAGGUGUUCUCGCGGAUCGACCGCAAGUUCGACCUCAUGUACGCCAAGCGCGCGUUCGUGCACUGGUACGUGGGCGAAGGGAUGGAGGAAGGGGAGUUCUCCGAGGCCAGGGAGGACCUCGCCGCGCUGGAGAAGGACUACGAGGAGGUCGGCGCCGAAGUCGAGGACGACGACGAGGAACAGGGCGAGUACUGAUCGGGCUAGCCUGCUAGGUGAAUCUAGCACGGUAGAUAAACCGCAAGUUUGUAAGGUCGGUGGAAGGGGGUCUCUCGGUUUACAUGGACUCUUGUGACUUUGUGGUGUGAGAGUGGGUUUUGUUGUACUUGCAUCACAAAAAAUAAAAGAAUUCGUCAGAAAUCAAAAUGUGAAUCAAAAGCAAAUCACAGUGA